AUGCUGACGGGUGAGCCCAUGCUGACAGGUGAGCACAUGCUGACGGGUGAGCACAUGCUGACGGGUGAGCACAUGCUGACGGGUGAGCACAUGCUGACGGGUGAGCCCAUGCUGACGGGUGAGCACAUGCUGACGGGUGAGCACAUGCUGACGGGUGAGCCCAUGCUGACGGGUGAGCACAUGCUGACGGGUGAGCACAUGCUGACGGGUGAGCACAUGCUGACGGGUGAGCACAUGCUGACGGGUGAGCACAUGCUGACGGGUGAGCACAUGCUGACGGGUGAGCACAUGCUGACGGGUGAGCACAUGCUGACAGGUGAGCACAUGCUGACGGGUGAGCACAUGCUGACGGGUGAGCACAUGCUGACGGGUGAGCACAUGCUGACGGGUGAGCACAUGCUGACGGGUGAGCCCAUGCUGACGGGUGAGCACAUGCUGACGGGUGAGCACAUGCUGACGGGUGAGCCCAUGCUGACGGGUGAGCACAUGCUGACGGGUGAGCACAUGCUGACGGGUGAGCACAUGCUGACGGGUGAGCACAUGCUGACGGGUGAGCACAUGCUGACGGGUGAGCACAUGCUGACGGGUGAGCACAUGCUGACGGGUGAGCACAUGCUGACGGGUGAGCACAUGCUGACGGGUGAGCCCAUGCUGUCGGGUGAGCACAUGCUAAAGUUUGAGCACAUGUUACCGAUCGGGGGCCAGUGUUUGUGUAAACCUGGGUUUGGAGGCCGCACCUGCAGCGAGUGUCGAGAGCUGUUCUGGGGAAAUCCAGAGGUCCAGUGUCACGCCUGUGACUGCGACCCGGUGGGGGUCUCUCAGCCCCAGUGUGACAGAUCUUCUGGGCAGUGUGUUUGUGUGGAGGGAGUGACUGGACCGAGGUGUGACCUUUGCGCUCGUGGAUACUCUGGUACUUUCCCCGACUGUCACCGCUGUCAUCAGUGCUUUGGCCAAUGGGACGCCAUCGUGGAGCAGCUGACCAAUCAGACGCAGCGCCUCGUGGGGAAGGUGCGCUCCCUUAAGCAGAGCGGGUCUCCAAGCGGGUCGUACCUCCUCAGUCUGGAGCAGAGCGCUGAGGCGGUCAGGAGCAUCCUCAGCACCAGCCCUGUGUCUGAGCCUCUGGGAGAGCUACAGGAGCUACUGCAGCAGGCUAGUGAGCUGAUGCAGUCCCUCACAGAGACCCUGAAUUCUACUGAAGCAGCUUUAAUGCCGACAUCUGAAGAGGAGCAAGAGGUCCACAGCCGUCUGGACUCCCUGAACUCUGACUCAAACAAACUUCAGCGAACUGUGGAAGAGCUGCUGCAGCAGGUGGAGAUCAUCAGGGAACUCAGACAUCAGAGCACCGUGCAGAACUCAGUGAGACUGCGGCAGCUGACGGAGGUCACACUGAACUCCACGGCUCUGGACUUCCUCCAGAAGCAGACUGAACGUGCUCAGAAGCUGGACGACCUCGCCGGCGACAUGCACCACCUGGACGUGUCAGAACUCAGCCUCCAGAUGUGUGGCAGUGCGGUGUCCCAGGAGGCCUGCUCCUCCUCCUCCUGUGGAGGUCUGGGGUGUGUGGAUCCUGAGGGGAGACUGUGUGGAGGAGAGAACUGUGGAGGUUUCCUCACCACAGCCAAGAACAUCUGGACCAGAGCACAGGACUCUGAGCAGGAGAUCCUCCGAGCCAUGGAGGAGGUGGAGGAGCUGUCCAAGAGGGUUGCGGAGGUGAAAGUGAAGUCUGACGAGGUCAGAGGUCGGACUCUGGACGUUCUGCUCAAAACCAACAACACAAAACUUCGAGUUGAUCAGAGCAACGAAGACCUACGAGAACUCAUCAGACAGAUACGAGACUUCCUCACCCAGGAUUCGGCUGACCUGGAGAGCAUCGAGAUGGUGUCUAACGAGGUCCUCCAGAUGCAGAUGCCUCUGAGGCCUGAGCAGCUGCAGAACCUGACGGAGGAGAUCCGGCUGAAGGUGGAGGAGCUGGGGAGUGUGAGGCACCUCCUGCAGGAGAGCACUGAGGAGAUCCUGAGAGCAGAGGGUCUGCUGAAGCAGGCGCGCCAAGCCAGCUUGGAGGCCUUGCAGGUGAAGGACUCUGCAGAGAAAGUGAAGGAGGUUCUGGACGCGGCACAGGACGCUCAAAGUGCGGCCUCCAGCGCCAUCUCGCAAACCACAGAGAACAUCGAGAGGACGGACCGCCUGCUGUCCAAGCGUUGGAAAGUCCAGUAUGACCUGAGUGAUGUCAUCACUUUUGUCUUUGGGGAGAUCUGA